GCGCACGUAUACCCACCCCAGCGUGCGCCCUCACGUACACACACACGCACGCACACACACACAAGCCGGACAGCAUCCUUGUGGACCCCUAAUGCCGACCUCAGGGCCCUGACGCGUCCGGGCCCUGCCCAGCGGCUGGCUCGGCGGCGCGCACACACGCGCACACGGGCCCACGCGCGCCCUCCCAGCUCGGCUGCUCGGCUCUCCAGCUCCCCGGCUCCCCGCCCCGGCCGCGGCGGUCGCUGUGCGGCGGGCGCUGUGCGGCUCGGCGGGACCGGGCGGGGGCGGCGGCCGGGAGCGCGGAGGAGGCGGAGCAGGAGCCGGGAACCGGCUGGCCCGCGCCCCUCCUGCCGGCCGGGGAUUUUCCAGCCUGGGCGCUGACGCCGCGGACCUCCCUGCGGCCGCCGCGGACCAUGGGCGACAAAGGGACGCGGGUGUUCAAGAAGGCGAGCCCCAAUGGAAAGCUCACCGUCUAUCUGGGAAAGCGGGACUUUGUGGACCACAUCGACCUCGUGGACCCCGUGGAUGGUGUGGUCCUGGUGGAUCCUGAGUAUCUCAAGGAGAGGAGAGUCUAUGUGACACUGACCUGCGCCUUCCGCUACGGCCGGGAGGACCUGGAUGUCCUGGGCCUGACCUUUCGCAAGGACCUGUUUGUGGCCAACGUGCAGUCCUUCCCGCCAGCCCCUGAGGACAAGAAGCCCCUGACUCGGCUGCAGGAGCGCCUCAUCAAGAAGCUGGGCGAGCACGCCUACCCUUUCACCUUUGAGAUCCCUCCGAACCUCCCAUGCUCUGUGACGUUGCAGCCGGGGCCUGAAGACACAGGGAAGGCCUGCGGAGUGGACUAUGAAGUGAAAGCCUUCUGUGCCGAGAACCUGGAGGAGAAGAUCCACAAGCGGAAUUCUGUGCGCCUGGUCAUCAGGAAGGUGCAAUACGCCCCGGAGAGGCCCGGCCCCCAGCCCACAGCCGAGACCACCAGGCAGUUCCUCAUGUCGGAUAAGCCCUUGCAUCUGGAGGCCUCCCUGGAUAAGGAGAUCUACUACCAUGGAGAACCCAUCAGUGUCAACGUCCACGUCACCAACAACACCAACAAGACAGUGAAGAAGAUCAAGAUCUCGGUGCGCCAAUAUGCAGACAUCUGCCUUUUCAACACAGCGCAAUACAAGUGCCCCGUGGCCAUGGAAGAGGCUGAUGACACAGUGGCGCCCAGCUCGACAUUCUGCAAGGUCUACACGCUGACCCCCUUCCUGGCCAACAACCGAGAGAAGCGGGGCCUCGCCCUGGACGGGAAGCUCAAACAUGAGGACACGAACCUGGCCUCCAGCACCCUGUUGAGGGAAGGAGCCAACCGGGAGAUCCUGGGCAUCAUUGUUUCCUACAAAGUGAAGGUGAAGCUGGUGGUGUCUCGGGGCGGCCUGCUGGGAGAUCUUGCAUCCAGUGACGUGGCUGUGGAGCUGCCCUUCACCCUAAUGCACCCCAAGCCCAAAGAGGAACCCCUGCAUCGGGAAGUUCCAGAGAACGAGGCUCCAGUGGAUACCAAUCUCAUAGAACUUGACACCACCGAUGACGACAUUGUGUUUGAGGACUUUGCUCGCCAGAGACUGAAAGGCAUGAAGGAUGACAAAGAGGAAGAGGAGGAUGGUACCGGCUCUCCACAGCUCAACGACAGAUAGACUGGGGCCGGCCCUCCCUCCGGGCAGCUCCAGGUCCACUCUCAUGCACUAGGAUGCUUGUUUGUCUUCUUCCUGCCCUGGUUCCCCCUCCCCUUUGUUCUUCCAGCUUCUACCGGGGGCCCCAGUGGUCUUUCAGGUCACGGUGGUGAACCUCUGGCCUCAGGAUUGGCCCCGUCACCAUGCCGACAGGGCCACGUGCACCACCUUCACCACUCUCGCUGCACCUCUCCAUCCCCCCCUCUUUUCCUGUUGACCCCCAGAAAGGCCAACAUGGCUCUGGUCUUGGAAUCUGACUUGGGAUGGGAGCAGAAAGGGGAAGAUGGGGCAUGAGGGCUUGGUGGGGUGGGGAAGGGGGCUCAAGACACGUGAGAGGAUGUCCACUGUCCCAGGUGAUUAACACAGUUUUGGCAGCUACAACAUGACCGAAUCGAAGGCCAACCUCUAGCUGGGAGGGGCAGACCGGUGGAUAGAUCCUCCAUGCAGUUCUUUUCGCAGUUUGGACCCACGGAACACCUCUCCCCUUCCUCCCCCCAUCCCCCCCAUGCCCCUCUGUGACUGACAGUGACAUUAGUGAAGGUUUGUGGACCCCAGGAAUGGAGCAAAGUAGCUGGACUGACUUUCUUACCAGCAGUUACCUAGUCUAAGGCAAGUUGUAUGAAGUAGCCCAAACCUAUUUCAGUAUCAUCAGGAUGUAAUAUCCUAACUGCCUUGUAUCUUGUGUGUGUGUCCUAUCUACAAAUAUGCACAGAGAAAGAGAGAGAGAAGGGAGGGGUCUUCAGAAAGCACCAAGGUCCUGAGGAGGUUUCCUGAAGGGUGACUCUGAGAGAUGGGGGUGGGGUGGGAAGAUGAGAGUCUGCCCAGCUCCCUUCCUUUGUAGACCUAAGAGGGAUCAGUGAUCCCAUGGGAAGUGAGGGCCACCGGUGUCCUCCUGCCCUGCAGUUCUCCAGGGCCGGGCUGGGCUGCCCCUGCAGGCUAGGAGAGAGCACCUGAGGUCACUGUGCCCACAGUCAAAGAGGAUCCUUCCCCAGAAAGUGGCAGGGUCCAUCAGGAUGCCCUCAGCUAAAAGGAAGGGGGGGACUCCUUUGUUUCCUUGGGGAGUUGAUGGACCCCCCCCCCCAGUAGUUCCCAGUGUCAUGGGUACCCAGUACCCAUUGGCUAGUGUUGGUGUGAUUGGGACAUGGGGCAUUUCCAGGGCAACAGGGCAGGCAGACAAUGAGGCAGAAAGUGUUAAAAGGUAUCUGUUUUUGUCUGACCUUUGCUGCUCACUUACUGUGUGACCUUGGGCAAGUUCCUUUCCAUCUCUGGGCCUCAGUUCUUCACCUAGAAAACCAAGGGGUUUGACCAGAUGAUCACAAAGGGCCCUCCCAGCUCUGCCUCCAAGAAUUCGUGAACAUUAGAGCUUCUGGUCUGGUGGGUGGAGCCAGAGCCACUGACUCUGAUCUGUCUGCCACCAGCGAGGAUUCAUUGGACCCCAGAGGUGGCAGGGCCAUGGAGAUCACCUAGCAUCACCACCCCACACCCACUCCAGGCCUGAGAAAGGCCCUUCUUGGGCUCCUGAGGGGUUGCGUGAUGUCAAGCUGUGGCCAUAGCUAGCAUGAACUGCUUGGCCCUAGGGCCCGAGUGUUACAGAAGGACAGAGCUUGUAUUUGCUGAGGUGGGUGGGGGAAGAGCUUGUGAUAAGCCCUCCAGUACUUCACACCCCCUUUGAAUGUCCUGAAGUUUACCUUAUACCCAAGCAAAUAUAUUGAUUAGCAGGGCAAGGGGAUCUCUUGCUCCUUUCUCUCCCUGUCCCAUACUUGUGAAAAGGGAGACGGCAAAAUUUUAUUGUACAAGUUGCAUCUCAACCCUUUUCAGUCCAGCCCCUCCUGGGGUGGACUGAGCAACCGUUUUCCAUGGUGAAAUUACCCAGUUCACAUGCCUGGCACUGUACCCCAGCCCUUCCCUUCUGAAUCUCAUGAAGGCUUGACCCUAGGGACCCCUACUCCAGGUCAGAACCAAGUCAGCUUGGGGCAGUCACACUCCCAUGGCCAGUUCUGGGGUCCCAGCUGCAUCCAGCCCCUCCCAGAACUUGCUGGGCAGUCUGUACCUCAUUUGGGCAGCUGGAGAGUUAAUGAAUUGUUGGAACAAUGCAUGGCAAGCAUAUGCUCUUCAGGGUUGUCUUCUGGAGCCUUUGGGGCUGGUAUAAGACCCUUUAGGAUUUGGGGUGAUCACUUGCCUACAAAUAGACCUCUUCCCCCAUCCCUAACCUGGUCACACAAAAGCUUUGUCAGGCUGGUUUCUUGACCUCCUUCCACCUCAAAAUCACACUCACCAUUUUGGGUUUAUCCCAGUGUUGAACUGAAAUUUCUCCAGCUGCAAGAAGCAUCAUGGGCCCAUUUAGCCUUUUAUUUACUCUCUGGGCCCAGGGCUGCAGAAGGGCAGUGGUCAAGUUCAUUUGAAUUUGGCUUAACCAUCCUUGGUUGAUAACUUCUCCGCUUGGUGCUGAGCACUGGAGACACAGAGUUGGGUCAGUCCCAGCCCCUGUCCUCAGGAAGCUCAUGGUCAAGGGAAAGUUUUACGGGAAGUAGUGAGGGGGCCAUUGCAUUCAGGGCUUCAUGAUUGCUGCUAGUCUGUAUAGUGCCUUGAUGUGAA